UGCAAUCAUCAUGAACAGGCAGGGGGCUGCGCAGCACAUGGGGGUUUUACCCAAAAUGUAUAGGACUCCACUCAGCGUAUAUGGGGGUGCCGGAGGCGGCAACACCCGCAUCUCGAUGCCCAGACAAGUGGAGAACUAUUUGAACAUUGUCACUGGCAAGGAGCUGCUCAUUGCCAAUGAGAAGAUGACCAUGCAGAACCUAAAUGACCGCCUGGCGAGCUACCUAGAGAAAGUGAGUUCCCUGGAGCAGUCCAACUUCGUGCUGGAGAAGCAGAUCAAGCAGUGGUACGAGGCACACACCUCCACCUCCAGCAAGGACUACAGCGCCUACUACAAGCAAAUCAACGAGCUGCAAGCCCAGAUUAAAGAGAACCUGCUGCAAAAUACCCGAUUAUUUCUGAACAUUGAUAAUACUAGGCUGGCUAGUGAUGACUUCAAGAUGAAGUUUGAAACAGAGAGAAGGUUUUGCCUAGUCGUGGAGUCUGACCUUGAACGCCUGCAUAAGGUCUUGGAUGGUCUAACCCUGGGAAAGACAGACUUGGAGCUGCAAAUUGAAGAACUGAGUAAGGACUUGGUUGUCCUCAAAAAAGAACAUGAAGAGGAAGUGGCUGCUCUCCGCAGGCAGCUGGGCACCACUGUCAAUGUGGAGGUGGAUGCCACUCCUGGCCAGAACCUCAUUGCCAUCAUAACUGAAAUGAGGAAGAAAUAUGAAGUCAUGGCCCAGGAGAGCGUUCAGAAGCUUAAGGACCACUAUGAUAAACAGAUUUCCACAGUGCAGGAAGAAGUUUCAGUGAGCACUGGAGGCAUUAAAGAAAGCGAGGAUCAAUUAAGGAUGCUGAGACAGAACUACCAGACCCUGGAGAUCGACUGUCAGUCUCACCGCAGUGUGAAAGAAUCUUUGGAACGUACACUAGAGGAGACCAAAGCUCGCUACUUUAACAGGUUGGCCAGAAUAAAAGAGGAGCUAAGCUCCCUAAAGAGCCAGCUGAAGACCAUCCGGGAUGAGGCAGAACACCACACGACAGAGUAUAACGUUCUCCUUGACUUAAAGAUGCGGCUGGAGCAGGAAAUCGCCACUUACCGCCGCCUUCUGGAAGGGGAAGAUAUAGAUGCAACUGUGGCGUUAACAGCCCUGGAAAACAAAGAAACGAAGGUAACCAAGAAGAUUAAGAUGGUCAUGGAAGAAAUGGUGGAUGGCAAGGUUGUGUCGUCUCAAGUCAAAGAAAUGGAAGAAAACAUCUAA